CAGCUGCUGCUUAUUAUUGUAGUGGAAUAUUUUUGAUUAAAUAUCAAUCGAUACUUGAAAAAUGUUGCAACUUAGAAAGUAAGUACCACUCCACCAGCAUCAUGCUGACAUACAAAGGAAUGGACCUGCACACAGGUGAGAAGGAUCAUCUCAACGCAAACACCAUGUAGGUAAGUGGAGGCGAUCAAAAAACCGGUCCCGCCUAUCCACAUGGAAUCUCGGCUUGCGCAGGUAAACGAAGUCAGUUUUUGGAGGCUCAUCCAAGCGUUUUUGGAACGACCUCAAGGAUCGCGACGGGCGCAGCAAAGCCGUUUAGGCCGAGUCCACGGACAGAUGCGUGCGAGCCGGUCUUAAGUGGGUACUCGUCGCCCUCCACUCCCUGAGGAAGCCGGUGGUGCGGAGGUCGCAUUGAUUUUCGUUGGGUAGAGCUCCCGCACGGCGGGGACGAGUAGGCCAAAACGCCCGCAAAGAAAACAACCUUACUGGCAGCGACUCCUUCCGCCGGCCCGUACAAGUAACUGGGAUAAAUGGCGAACGGGACGUCAGUUGUCGGCGUUUCGUUUGAAAAUACGCGGAUUGUGUGAUCGCUGGAUGCGGUAGGACGCGGGUGUUUUGGGUGACCGUGUGGGCCGAAUGGCCGACCAUACUGUUAGCGCGAUGGGAAGUCCGGAUGUGCAGAAGGAUGCUUGUCGGCUGUGCGACGAGAGUGCGGACAAAAUGUUUUAUGUUUUCGACAAGAACGACGAGGGACGACAAAUUAUACACAUCAUAAAAGAGUGCUUACCCAUUAUUAUAUACAGAUCUGACCCCCUGUCAAAGAAGAUCUGUGAAAGCUGUUUGGAAAAUUUGGAGAAUCUCACCAGGUUUAAGCGGUUCGCUAAGGAGAUCGACGAAAAGCACAAGGAACGACUGAGGGCAAGCAACGAGCCCAAAAAUAAGGAUGAACUACUUUAUUUAGGCAUCGAACCUGAUGAUGUACCAAACGAAAAUGACCCAGACGAUUACGUCAUGCAGGGAAUCACCGAUGCGUGUACCUCCACAGAAGAUCUUCCCGUCCUGUGCCUCAGCUGUAAGCAGUCGGUGGUCGAUGCGAGUACCGUGAACGGCGAACUGGAACUGAGCACGGACCUUCAGAAAAUCGUCGCCGACACCCUGUGCAAACGGAAGGGCAACACAGAGACCGAGACUGACAAAGUACUGCGCAACCGCAGGAAGAAGCCGCAGCCGUUCUACCACGAGCUGGACGACUCGCUGUGCAGCAGCAUGACCGAGUUCACGCAGAACACGGAGAGCUCCCACUUCUACGACGACCGGUCGGAUGUCGAGUCGGUCGAGUCGGACCGGGACGAGAUGGGACGGCCGGCCAAGAGGCGGCGCGUCGACUACGAGGAGACCAAAAAGGAAGUGUCGGGCGGUGGCGAGCUGACCAUCAAGAUCUCCAAGCGGCAGCCCGAGCCUGUAGAGGACGACGAGCCGAUGGAAACGGAGGAGGAGAUCGAGUUCCAUGCGGAGUACGAAUACAGGUACAAUCCUUUGACGUUGAUGCAACUGGCACUCAACGUGAUCAACACCCAAAACGUGCCGGACUUCGUACCGUACGACUUCACCAAACAAAUCUACGAGCCCGAGUGCAAGUACUGCAAUCAAACCUUCCAGAACACUAAAAUACUGGCGCUCCACGAGGUGUGCCACAUGGACGUCAUAAUAGAUGAAAAGAUAGACAGUCCAGCCAUCUGGCCAGACCACAAAGAGGAUUCGCAAGUGCGUAACAAGUGGCUGGCUUACUUCGACGAGAAUGGCUACGAGGAGGACGACCUGGUGCUUGACCAAAGCCUUCUUAUACCUAUAGAAACGGCUGAAGUGAAGGAGGACGAAGACCACCACGAUGAUUUGGUGACGUUGGAUGGCACCAAACCGGUCGUUAGGGGGAUACCCUUGUCCGAGUAUUCGAAGGAGGAACGCAAGAACUUCUACCAGUCUAUUGUGGUGGGUGGGGUGAAGAAAAGGUUCUGCCAAAUAUGCAGAUACAGUUUCAAAGACAAUUGGGCGAUAGAAUCACAUUACUUUUCGUCGGCCUGCUAUUACACGUGUAAGUACUGCGGCAUGCGCUUCAACAAGCAGCGGCACCGCUUCGACGAGCACAUCCAGGAGCACGCCAGUCGUGGUGACCCUAUCGUUCUAGACAAAAUAUAUGCGCCCAGCAAAGUCAACAAUUACAUGCCCAAAGUAAUAAUGCCUGACAAAGCUAAGCGGCAAGGUUUGAUACCUAUCAGACCGCAUCCUCAGCCGGAGAGGAUGUACUCGCCGGUACCUUCGCAGCCUCCUGCGUCGGGCACCAGGUCGAUUUACGUACGUAAGUCGCUGCAGCCCAACCUCAAAGAGGAGCCAUCGUCGCCCACUGGUCAAGUGACCCCUAAAACGGAGAUUAUCACCUCGCAGUCGAAGACGGGCAACCAGGCGUAUUUCUGCAGGAAGUGCUACAAGGUGUUCUUCAAGUUAGACGAGUUUAACGCACACAGCAAGAACUGCGACUACAACCAGUUCCCCGGUUUCGUCGCCUCCAAGCCGUCGGGCCCCACGUUCAACGCCAAACCGACGCCGCCACCUCCACCCCCGCAAAAGAACGGGGACAGUGGCAACCGGUCGUCGCUGAACAACCGCCCGGUGAGGAACUGCGCCCGCGAGGCGGGCCCCUACAAGGACGAGGCCUUCAUUCCGGAGGUGGUGCUGAAGGAGCCGGCGCAGCGACACACCAACAUGGCGGGCCCGCCCUUCAUAUGCUUCAUUUGCAACACCCCGUUCCCUACAGUGUACUCGCGCAACAGCCACAUGCGCAUACACAAGGGCGAACAGUCGUCCCCAUCCACCAGCAAACCCAAGGCGUCGCACCACCAGGUCAACCACUACAUGGGCAACAACUACGAGAACCAGAACUACAACUACGACACGUACAUAAAGCAGGAGCCGCUGGAGCCCGAGGUGCAGAUACACGAGACUGAGCCGCAUCCCGCACAGAUCAACUCGAUAGGUAACGGCGCCGUGAGCAUCACGCCCAUACCCAAGAAGAACAGUAAUCAAAGGGUGACGAUCAAUCCGGACAUAUACAAGCUCGUCCAGGACAACCCGAGCAUUUCCAUUAAGCCCAAAGUGGACAACCACAGCAGGUAUCAGUCGCAGCAGCAGCAGCAGGCGGCGUCCAGCAGUCACAUGUACUCCAACAACACUGAGGACAAGUCCUACAAGUGUUCCAGCUGUUGGGAGGCGUUCGCCAACAAAUCACACUUGUACUUCCACAAGAAAAAUCAGUGUGAGGGGUCCAGGUUUCCGUGUCCGUUUUGCAAGAAGCGAUUCGGCACGGAGGCUGCCUACAGUUCACACAUAUUUUAUAGCCAUCCUGAGUAAUGGUUUUGAGUACAGAUUGUGUGAAUUGAUUUACAAAUUGAAUUUGUAGCCUGAUACCAGUUAUAAAACGUAACUAUUUUAAUUGUAUAUAGGAAAGAAGAUGAAGGUCUGAAUGAUUAGAUACUUUCAACAUCUAUAUCAGUUAAUGAGACUGUCCAUGUUGAGAAAAAUUGUUCCAUAUUAUACGGCUAUUUAAUAAGCAACGCCUCAAGUAAAUUUUCGUAUUUCUUUAUAUUUUCCUCUAAGUGUUAUUUAUUGAUUUUUGAAUAUAUGUAAUAUUUCUAUACGUAAAUUUAUUUUAUUUUUAUAGAGUUUUCAUUUACAGUAUUUUUUUGGAAAAAAAUUAUAUUGGGCAAUUUAAUUUGUUUAAAAACCAAUUGAAUUUGUGACUUCUUGGGAUACCAUAUUGUUUUAUAAUAAAACACUACAUUGUAUAAUUUUAGAGAUAUUCUGUAUUUCAAGAAUGAUCACGCCUAAUUGAAAAUGAGUGAAGCGUUUUCAGGAACCAAGCUAUUCCCCGCUAUUUAUCAUAUAUUUUAAAAUUUUGUAUAAUUAGUAUAACGUAGAUUAUCCUAUUUCAAUGUAAAUAUGUACUAGGUUUUCUGACGUGAAUAAACAAUAUAUUUAAUAGUUA